UCAAUUUUUUUACAUAGAUUUUACAAUUAAUAAUAUAGUAUAUUAUGACUAAAAUUAAAGUGAUUUUUUAUCAAAAGGCUGAUGGAGGUGCAUUUUUUAGGAACAAAAUAAUGUUAUAGAUGGAGUAUUUGACAGAUGAAAUAUUGUUGAUGAUAUUCAAACAUUUACAUACAGAUGAAAUUACAGUUAUUUCCCAAGUAAACAAAAGAUUUUGUAAUGUUGCCAAAGAUGUCUCUUUAUACAGAACUCUUUCAUUUAAAAAUAAAUUGUUAUUAUCAGCCAAAUAUAUACACACACUUAUGCAUCGAUAUAAGGAACAAAUGUUAUCAUUGUCACUAAUGGAAUGUUUUUGGAUUCCUUCAAACAGUUUAAAACUAGCCCUUGAGUCUUGUUGUAAUCUUCGUGAGUUGUAUUUGACAGGCUCAAAUCUUCAAUUUAGUGCUUUGGAGCUUAUAAUUAAUAAUAAUCCUUACCUCACAAAACUAGCAUGGAGUGUACCUGACAAAUAUUCAUUGGUUCCACUUAUUCAUCCAACAACUGGUUUGCCGACUCAAACAUAUCAUCAAACUCAAAAAAUGUUCAAAAGAUUAACUAGUAUAAUGCUGCGGUUUAACUCGUUACCCAGCUUUGAACAUUUUCUUCCAAUUUUUGACUCUAAUGAAAUACUUGUAAAUGAGUUAGGUUUGGAAUACUUUAGUGAUCACUCCUCGUGCUUCAACACCAUUGGAAAUUCAUAUUCUCUCUACAUAAAGAGUGAAGAAAAGUUUUUAGUGCGGUUAAGGGAUGCUGUGAUUGUCAAUAGAUACCUUCAUUUUAAUCUUAUUGUAAUGGACUUUAUUAUACAAACAGUUAGAGAAGCUGCAGAUACUGGUAGUCUCACUGCUCUUAUAGCACCUGGAACAUCAAAUUCUUUUUGUUGGAAUUAUAUAAAGUCUGUUUUUAAAACUAUAUCAUUUAAAAAAAUUGAUUUAAGUUAUUGUAUUCUUGGAAAAGAGCAAAUGGCAUGGCUUUCUAAUUUGAAACAAUUAAAGCAUCUAAAUUUAAGCAAUGUCAGUUUGUUUAAGCUAAACUUAAUGAAAGUAGUAGCUCUAAAUAAUCCAAUGUUAGUCUCACUUAAUUUAUCAUCUUGUCAUGAUUGGAUUGAAAAGGAUUUACACGGAUUAGAAGCUUUAGCAUUACACUGUAGACAUCUUAAAGAGUUAAAUUUGUCUUCAUUACACAUACAUUCUGUUAAUACUGAUAUCAAUAAACUUUGUCAAACGGUCAGUAAAAUUAAAACAUUAAAAGCUUUAGCAAUACCUGCAUGUGGUUUAGUGAAUAAUAUGUUUCCUAACACUGAUGACAAAAAUGAAACAUUACACAGAAUGUCGACUUCAAAAUCUGUUUCUAGUCUAGUUCUAACCACUGGUUUUUCGCCUCAACAUCAUUGUACUCCAAGCAAAUUAUUCAAGUUAGAAACAUCUGAAUCUGGAAGUUACUACACAAGAAAUACUCGUUUGUCUCUUGAAGAUGAAAAUUUAGUUUGUCAGAGUGGCUGUGGUUUAGAUUUUAUUGUGGAAUACUGUGUACAGAUAGAGGAAUUAGAAGUAGUUGAUACCGGAUUUAAUUCAGCUUUUGGCGGAAUGAACAGUCAGAAAGAUCAAUAUUUCUGUCCUCCAACUUUUUAUCUAAAAGAUAAAGUAUUCUUUUCAAUCUGUAAGCUUCAAUCGUUAAGAAAGUUGACACUUGCAGGCUUAUCGGGUGUCGGAAUGUUUUCUUCAUUAUGUCAGAUAACUGGUUCGUGUUGUUUAUUAGAAGAGCUGUCAAUUGCUCAUUGUGGACAAAGCGGACAUUCAGGAUCUCUCUCAUCAUUGAGACAAGCAGUUCUUAAUUGUAAAAGACUCAAGAAGUUUAGAUUGGAUCAGCCUUAUUUCCAUUUGAAGGAAAACAUCCUUGAAGCUUUCCACUCCUGUAAAAAUCUUCAAUUGUUAUGUCUUAUCAGUAAAAAUGGGAAAAUUCCAAAAAAAGUUGAACACUAUGUAAACUUGUUUUAUCAGUGUCAAAACCUUGUAGGUUUUUUCUUAUUUUCUGGAGCAUCGGCAUCCGAUUCGAAGAAAAUUCACACAGAGCUUAAUCAUUUAUUUGGUAAAGCGAGACGUUCGUCUUGUAUAACCGUUCUCUCUUAUCUUAACUCACUCACAGAAGAAGGACUUAAAAAAGUACCUUACAUCUACUUGCGUGAUGUGAUAAAGUUUGAAUCUUACGUUGCAUCUUGCAAAUCUCAAACUAUUCCCUGAUUUUAUACGCUAUUGCAAUUGCAGGGUUCUGGUGAUUUAGGUUCUGGUGGGGGAAGGGGAUGCAUAUCCCCAUCCCAAACCCCCUCCCCUUAGAUCCGUCACUGAUUACAAUCGCAGGUUGUUUGUACAUAUAUCAUAAUCACUACGAUUUUUUUGUACAUAAUUAUAAUUAAAUAAUUUUGUUUUAAAAAUUUAUAACUUAAA